CUUUCUCACUUCCCUCUCCUUCCCUUCAAUUGACGGUUUAACAGAUUAGGGUUUAAAGAAACUCUCCUUCCAAAAGCGUCUGCUAAGCUUGUGUGUUCUUCUCUGUCCGCUAUGAAUUUCUGGGUCCAUUUCUGAACUACAGCUUCUUUGCUACGAAGAAGGAGAGGAGAAUAGAAACUAUCAGUGCUUGGUUUCGAGGUCAUCAUUUUCCAUUUCUUACACAUUCAGUGUUAGUCGGGAAAAUGGGCAAUGCAGAAGACAACAAAAUGGACACUUGGAGCAUCCCAAGGCUGGUUUCGUUGCUAAAAGAAACUUUCCGGACUAGGGAUUUUGUUAUGGUGGAAGAUGUUUUGACUGCAAGAGAAAAUAAAUCAAGGAGUGAAAUUGAUAAGCUAAAGCUGGAGAAGCAAACAUUCAAGGAUAUGUAUGAUUUAGAGAGGUUGGAUAAAUUGAGUGUGAAAAAGGAGCUCAUGAGAUGCAAGGUGGAGUGCAAGGAAUUCAGUGACCAGGUUGCUAGGCUAAGAGAGGAGAAGAUGAUGCUGCGCAAGGAGCUGGGAGAGAAAGAUAAGGAAAUCAUUGAUCGUAGGAGAAGGAUUUGUGAGAUGGAAUGUUCAAAGACUAACGAUGAGGCUGAGAUUGAGAGUUUGAAGAAUAGAUGCGAGGAGUUAGACACAAGGCUAUUGCGUGUGGAGGAUGAAAUGACAUUGUUGACAAGUUCAAACAUUGUUGAGCGUGGUGGGGGUUUUGAAGCAAAAGAUAACCAAGAAAAUGUGGAGAAAACUGAGGGAAAGGUGAUCAAUGAUGACAAAAAGCAGGAUGUUGAAGUGGGUGAUGGUCCUAGUUGCGGUACUAUGAUCAAAGAUAAUGGGCAUUUACAAAGCGAAGAGAGUGGUGGGGGAUGUGAAGCAAAGAACGAGAACCAAGAAAAUGUUGAGAAAACCAAAGAAAAGGUGAUCACUGCUGACAAAAGUAUUGAGAAACAUCCAACUUCAAAUGUUGUUGGGAUCAUUGAAAAUGAAGAUGUUUGUAGUCCUAGUGGAAUCCAGAAUGCAAAAGAAAUGACUUUAAAAUGGUCAGCAGAGGGUGCACAUUCACGUCAGACAGACAUAGAAAACAGGAUGCUCAAAAGAAAACGAGUAUCAGGUCUAGAUAUGAGUGAUUAUGAGGAUGGAGAAAAUGUUGAUGAUGGUACCAGUUCUGGUAAAGGUAAGAUGAAGCUUCAGAAAUCCACCUGUCAGCCUGAUGUGUCUCUUUCUUCUCUCAACUGUUGCACAGAAAAAGCUGUUUCUUCUAGGAGGAAAGAUGUUGAAAAAGCUUUUACACCAUCGACUUCCAGGCAGAGUUUAGAAAUUAUGAGACAAUGUGAAGAGAAAAUGGAGUCUGAAGAUAUGUCUCACUCUCAUUGUAUUAUAAGUGAGUUUCCUCUAGGAAGUCUUGGUUUUGAAAAUGAAGAGAGUUCUACUUCUGAGUCCUCUGAGUCUGAGUCCAGUGAUGUGGAUAUGGAUUUUCUAUAUUCUCAGCUUACACAAGAGUGCCAAAUGAAAAAUAGAAAGUGAGAGUUGGAGAUGAGCAUGCUUGUUGUUUUUUGUAGGGGCAGGGAGCUUCGCAUGAAAAAUGUUUCUGCUCUCUAUUAGCAGAAAAGUCUGGAUAAAUAAUCCACAGAUUCUGAUAUAAUCAAAUCAAUGAGUUUUAACAAGUCUGAUGUAUUCAGGUAUGACUAAGGACACUUUCAUUGUAUUCUGUUCUUGUUCUUUUUUUCCAUUAGAUGGCAGCUAAGAAGAUUAUAUGUUUUAUCAUCCUGAAAUCUUGUGUUUUGCAUGAAAUCUAGUUGGGAGGCUACUUGGCUUUUAAAAGGUUGGGGUACAUGUGCUUUUUCCAAGCUAACUUAUCAUUUCUCUGUUUCUGCUGCUGUUGGUAUAUUGUAGCGUAAUUCUUAGGCCAGAAAAAUUAUUUAUGUUGGUCUCAACUGGUUUAGUAAUAUAUCACGAAGAUUUCA